AUGCGUGGUGUUUCUUUUCGCCAACGGCCAUGCAUAGCGCAUAUACGUGAACUCUUGUAUAUGUUCGACAAUGAUGGUAGUGAUGAUGAUUAUCAUCGCAAUUGUUAUCCAUUCUCUCUUUUAAUAGGUUGGAGUGGGAACGUCCGUGCGUGUCUGAGAAGUAUAUAAACCCGCUGUAUCCGCGUUUCCUUCUCUUUUCUUUCCUUGCACUUGUUAGCAAGUUCUUCUCUCUGAUGAGUAAAAAACCGGUUGACGGUGUGGAAUGGCGUGGU